UAUUCCACCCCUUCACUUCUGCACCCCACGUGAGCAGCUUGCCAAAGAAACUCCGCACAGCUACUCACGUGAGUCUGCCCGCUGUCGCACUGAGAGCGCGCUGUCGCUUCAUUAACUGCACGAUUGAGUAUAUGACAUAUUUGGGAACCAUUGACCAAAACUGCCCGCCUUGGCCAGGCAUGAUAAUAACCACUUUCACACAAAAGGAGGUCCCAAUAAGGAACAUGAUGCUGCCGCAGAAAACUAACCAGGAGAAUUUGGGAGGGGCCAAAAGGAGAGAGGAGACGCCAGCCCAUAAUACAUCCUGCCAACCUCCCAGAAACCCUCCGACUGGAAUCCAUCUUAACUCAGAGAUGCACGCACCACCAGGAAGCGCCCUGAGUCAGACCAAAUAUGGGCACAAACCAGCCAGAAGGGUACAGGAAGACUUCUUCCCCCCCAGCACAGCCCAUCCUGAAGAUUUUGGCCCUGCAGCCAGUUCCUUAAAGCUUCCGGUGGAGACUCGGGCAGUCCUAUCUCCUGGUCCUGGAAAGCGUGGCAGAUGCCCUUCACGUCUGUGCGCCCUGCUUUUAAGCCUCCCACUCCCAACUCCUGCGGCCGCUUUAGACUCUGGCAAGUCUCUUCAGAGCAAGAUCAGAUGUGUGCUUGGAGCAGGCCUCUUUCCUCGGGUAGGAACUUGGCUCCUGAGAGCCGUGGGACUGCCGCGGACGUCACUCUUCCCUAUACACGCCCCGCCCUGGGUACCACCGCCUGCAUCCGGGACUCAGCGCGCAUUCUGAUUUCUCGUAGGUUUCGCUUUCCCGGAGCUGAGCGUGCUCGCCCCUCCUCCCUGGUUUGUGGAUACAGUCCCGCUGGUGGUUGGCAAAUCCCCAGGAAGGAAAGACAGGGCAGGCUGGCAGCGUCGGCUCAGCUCGGGGGAUUUCCCCACCUCUGGAAGCCAGUCCGGUUGGUCCUUGUCCCUCUCAGCUCCCCAACUCGUUUACUUACGACACCUGCAACCUGCCUGUUUUUUUCUUCUUGGUCCAGUGGGAGCAUGUGACCGCCAGUCUACUUCAUCCUCGCAAAUCCCGGACGCCCUCUGAUGGCUACUGAAUUUUAUAUGCUUACUUUGCAUCCUGAUUCAUUACUGAUUGUUUUCCAAAUUUGUUACUUUUAUUCCUUAUUCUCUAGGAUUUCCAGGUAUACUGCCGUAUCAUCUACAAAUGGACCUGGUUUUACUUCUUUUUCCAUUCUAAAGCCUCUAAUUGUUUAAUGUUUUCUAACUGUAUCAGUGAAUACU